GAGACGCAUAGUAAUCUCUGCAGUGGUUUGCCAUUUGUAGUACACGGGACGCCCUUCAUUCAUCUCACAAUUGUCCAGCUCGCAUCAUGGACGGGCUACCAUCUGGCAACAACAUGGCCGGCAUGGUCUACACCCGUGCCGACAAUGCCAACACUAUGGCCACCGAUGGUCAGAAUGACAUGAUGUUGUUCGAUGGAGCCAUGUUUCCUGGCUUCGACCCCAAUAUGCAGAUGACCCUGGAUGGUCUCGACGACAUGACAGGCUUGCAGCAGUCACAGCCACAACCACAGCCUCAACCACACAUUCCAGCGACGUCUGGGCCGGGUACUGUUGAUUCACAGUCGAUGAUGAUGGGCCAAGACACGUCGAACUUGACUUCGCCUCGAGAAAACACUCCCGUGGGCGGCGCGUCACAAGGGUUUGGCGGCAAUUCAAGCCAAGGCAACUCGCAAAAUGGCAACACCUUGACUGAGUUCACGAAAAGGAGAAACUGGCCCGCCAAGGUGGUGGAAGAACUCAAGGAUUUCCUACACAUUCUUGACUCGCACGGCAGGAUAAAAUAUGUGUCGCCGAGCGUUACGGCGCUUACAGGAUACGAGUCUGAGGACGUGGUCGAUUAUUUUCUGCGCGACCUCAUACAUCCAGAUGAUGUAGGAACCUUCACGUCGGAAAUGAACGAAUCCAUCGCCACGGGCAACCCCUUGCGCCUUUUCUUCCGACUGAAGAAGAAGAACGGAGAUUAUGCCAUUUUCGAGUCUGUUGGCCACGCCCACAUCGCGGCGUCCAAGUUUGCGCCCAACCCCGAUAACCAGUCACCAUUUUGCCAGGCGGUCUUUAUGAUGUCUCGCCCAUACCCGACGAAGAACGCCACAUUGCUGGACACAUUUCUGGAGCACAAGAUUGAGAACGAGAGACUGAAAAGAAGAAUAGCCGAGUUGAGGAGGGAAGAGGAAGAAGACGAGGCCUCCACACGGAGCUGGUACACUGGGCAUGACGGGCAGUCGGACAUCACGGCAUCGGAAGACGUCAUGAGUGUCUCACAAGGAGCGCCCGGACUAUACUCGCAUCACUCGACAAACUCGGAUACUCAUUCUAUGCCACCACCAGAGCGGCCAGCAUCCUUGGCAAACUCGUCAUUGACAAGAGAAAACUUGGAAGGUUCUGUGGCCGCCCACAAGAUUGACUCAAUCAGAGACAAGAUGGCGCGCUUCGAGGGCCCGUCGCAUACCGACACAAUCGAAAUGCUUACAGGACUGCGGUACCUAGAGGGCGAGCGGAGCAAAGGCAUCACGACGGGUAACCACAGCCCGACUCUUAUCAAGGGCGAUGCGGGUAUCGCUAUUCCCAUGGACAGAGACCCGCGGACGGGCGAGAAGAAGAAGAAGCUCAAAGUCGCAGAGGAAUAUGUUUGCACGGAUUGCGGCACACUUGACUCACCGGAAUGGAGGAAAGGGCCGAGUGGUCCCAAAACAUUAUGUAAUGCCUGCGGGUUACGUUGGGCGAAGAAGGAGAAGAAGAAGUCGACUGGCGGAGGGACAAUGAGCAUGACACCUCAGGAUCACCAGACUUGAUUUUGCUUCUCAGGAUGAAUGCUCCAUGCUUUCUUUACACUCAUGAGGGGGGAUUGUCCCAGGCAGACGUCAUGCAAGGAGAUAUUUACCAGGAUGGCUGUGGUAGA